AUGGGUGACGUCGUUGAUUGCGCUCUUCAGGAUGGUGUCUCCGUGACGUGUCAUCACCGCGCGGCUCUCAACGCUCAGCAUCGUGCAGAACAUGACGUGCAUGUCGCCGUUCCUAGCAAUGCUCCAAUUCGACAUCGCUCAUCAAACGACGCCCACCCAAUUGGACCCAAGACGAAAUCGUUCGAAAAACUCGACAAAAUGCUGAUUGAGGUGAGUGGGCAAAAGGCAGAUGAAGUGAUGAAAUCGCUGUCGUGUUUGUACCCGGAGCGCGUAAACCAAAGGGUAUUAUUAUGUAUACUCCUGCUUGCUCUUUUCAACACAAAAUUCCCGCGUUUACCCGAAUGAUCACUAACUAUUCACUUUCCAGCUCACAACUGAUCUCAAGCGUCUGACGCUGCCCAGCGGCAAAAAAAACGUUUAUCAGGAGCCUGUUGGCCGUACUUUCACUGACGAGGAGAGAAGCGCCUACGUUGAAAUGCUUCAUCUGGAAGCCACUUUGAAUCCUGAGCCUUUCGAGUACGAGUUUGAGAAAACGGAAGCUAUGGUUUACUUGAGAGAUGCAAUCUUUCGAACGAAGGCGGUCAUCGAAAAGGCAAAAAAAAGGAAAGAUGUUUCUCCGCUCACCGAUGAGACCAUUAAUCGUAUUGUAACUUCGCUCGAAGAAGUCGUGAAGGUGCUCAAGCCGGACGAGAUCAGUCCGCCAGUUUAUGAGCGUGGUGCUCCGCCAACGUAUUCGGUUGCCGUCGACGGUAAUAGACAGAACGUUUUUGUGAAUGCCAUCAAAGGAGUAUGGCAGAAGACGGUGAGUUCACUUUAUUUCAGCCUAAUCUUAAUAGGGUCUGAAUUGCCUACCAAAACGAAACAGCGCAGUCAAAGUUGUGGCCGUGGCCUAGAAAAAUCCUCGGCGAUGCGAUCUUUUAUGGAUUUUUUUGCGUUCAGCACAAUAUUAUUCCCAACAUUCACACAAACUAACAUCCGGUCUUUUUUGUCAAUUUUCGGUAAUUGUGCCGGACAGACGAUGAAUUUUCUAGGCCACGAACAUUUGGGGGAGAGUUUUGAAACGUGUAUUUCCUUGACCACUGUUCCGUUCCUAGGAAUUUCUGAGCAUUCAGAUUCGGACAGCCAAUUUGGCAAUUAAAGACGUGUCAGACAGACACCUAAACUCGGAGAACAUCCUGGUCUUUUAAGUAUUCACAUAUUGUUAUCUUUCAGAAGACCACUGUCGGAACCGUGACGCAGGUAGUGAAGCGUCAGGCGAAAGUCAUUUCGUCGUACAUCCCAAGCAUUCCGCUAGUUUCCAACUGCCUGGAUAGAGCUCGUAACGCGUUCCGCUUUGAGUGGACCGAGGAGAACGAGCGGAUGUGGAGACUGAUGGAGAGAGCUGAAGAAGAGAUGGCAAUGGGGCACCCGUACCCAUACGGCGACAGCUCGGACGAUGAGGAUUCCUACUGA